AUGGAAGAGGAGGAGAAAAUGCCAUCGGCAUCUUCGGCAGUGGCAACGGCUGCUAAACCGGUGUCGUUCACUACCAGCUUGGAUCCAGCGUAUUCUGUUGAAUUCUUGGAGAAGGUUUUCGAUUUCAUUGUAGAAGUAAGAGGAUUGGACGCGUGGCGGGAGGAGCUGGCGAGUUUGGUGGAAGAUCUGAGGAUAAUAUACAUUGAGGAAAUAAUUUUCCCGGCGUUACCGCCGUUCACUGAUCAGAAACCGACGUCGGUUGCUGAGAGUGAUCAUGAAAUAGAACCGCUGGAGGCCUUGAAGGAACAAGUGAAGGAAUUGUUAAAAUCGUGGUGCGAGAUGAUUCUAGAGCUUGGAAGAGGAUGUAGAGAUGUUUUGCUGCAAACGGAACAAGUGAAGGAAUUUUUGGAAUCGAAAGUUACUGAGGAUUCGUUUAUAGUUCAGAAGCUUGGUGGACCCGUGGCUAAGAUCUCCAGUCGGUUGAAUUUCUUGAAUGAGUUCUUACCUCAAGAACAUGAUCCUAUUCACGCUUGGCCUCUUUACAUAGCUUCCUGCUCAUCUCUUCUUCAUGCUCACCUUGCCAUUAAUGGCCCCUUUCUCACAUGGGACAAAGCGCAGUCGUUUCAUGGAUCUCGAAUCGCCAUAGCCAUUGUGAUCGGAGUUCUUCUUUUCUGUCUCAUCGCUUUCUUUUUCCCUCACGACCUCAUCAAUCUCACUGCCUCCAUUCAAAACCAUCAAAUUGGCAAAUCAAGUUUCCAGAUUGAUUCUUCGUCGUGUGAAUCCUAGGAUAGGAGUAUGCUGAAGUCUGAAAUCGUAUCACUAUUAGAGAAGAAUUCCGAAUUAAAGAAGCAUGUCAGGAAUAUGAAAGAGAAUCUACAACUGGCCAAACAAGGAAAAGAUAAUGCCCAAAAGCAAUUUCUAGUUUUGGGUGAGCAGCAAAAAGCUGGACCUUGUGGUACUGUCAAAGCUUUGCGGACUAACCCGACUGUUGUCCCUGAUGAAUCGCUGAACCCAAGAUUGACUGUGAUAUUGGAGAAAGUUGUUGUUCAGAAAGAGAUUAUAGUUGUGCUUGCAAAUUCAAAUGUGAAAGAGAUGUUGGAGGUUCAAGUUUCUAGCAUCAAAAGAGUUGGUAUACCGAAUUACCUAGUUAUAGCUUUAGAUGACAAUAUUGAAGAAUUCUGCAAAUCAAAUGAUGUCCCAGUGUACAAGAGGGAUCCGGAUGCAGGUAUUGAUGCCGUUGGGAGAACAAGAGGCUCUGGGUUGAAGUUCCACAUCUUAAGGGAGUUUUUGCAACUGGGUUAUAGCGUCCUUCUAUCAAAUGUUGAUAUAAUAUACUUACAAAAUCCGUUCAACCAUCUUUAUCUGGAUUUUUAUGUAGAGUCCAUGACUGAUGGUCACAAUAACAUGACAACUUACGGAUAUAAUGAUGUCCCUGUUAAGGAAGAGAGUAUUGAUUUUAAAGAAGAUGAUAUUUGGUGUUCCUCCGUGAUCUCAUCCGACGAAUCUAAGUCCAAAGAUAAAUCAGACGCUGUUAGUUUCAAGUUGUUAAGGCGGUUAGAAUUGCUGAGCAGUUACAGCUUUGUUAGCUGUGCAAGUGUGUAUAUAAUGCCAGCUGAUGUAUUGCAAAUAAUACACUUUAUGUUAUCAGUAUUCUGCAUAUGUUAA